CUUGAGACCAUCUCCCUUACGAAGCAUGUGAUUUUGUCAGAGCUCAGAGUGCUUGCGUACAGGGGUUGUGGAGCUGUGGAGUAGGACCGAACACUGAGAGGUUGGAACAUUAUGAGCAACUGACCAUCGAGAUUGUCACUCAGGCAUCGAGACUAGCUUUGCGAUGUCUCUAUGGAGAUGGCUGUCUCCCUUGGGGAAGAAGCCUGAGGAUUGUCCUUUUUGCAUUCUGGCAUCUGCACCGCCGGAAAGUUGUGGGUCUAAAGUGUUAUUCCAGGAUGAGGAAAUAGUCGUGCUCGUGGAUCGCAACCCGUCUGCUUAUAGGCAUUACUUGGUUAUCCCGACUAAUCACAUCAAGACUGUCAAAGAUCUUCGACCUGGUGAAGAAGAUUAUUCGUUGGAGUGUAUCUCGUACCUAUGCUAUUUGGUUUUAGCAGUUUCCCAUAUGUACAAGCUAGGGAAGUCAACGUUACUACACGACGCGCCAGAUGCAGCCAAAUACAGGUUUGGCUUUCACAGACCCCCCUUUAAUAGUGUAGAUCAUCUCCACCUUCACUGCACGGCCCUUCCUUACAAAUCUGUGUGGAGGCGCUUGAAGUACGUUAGUGUAGGUUGGUUAGGUGCAUAUGUUAGUGUUGAGCAUGUCCUGCAAUACUUGGAUACCAACAAAGAUACGAAAACAGGGGUUCCUUUGGGUGAUGAACCAGAACUGCACGUAUGAUCGGUUACAUUCGGUGAUUUUCCUCGAAUUCGAUCCCAAACUAUCAAUCCAUGGGUGCUUGCCCUAAUCCAUCAUAAUGGAAUCGAGAGCAUUUUCUACUGGUCGUACUCCAGGAGGCAAUCCGCCUUGGAGGUCGCCAGCAGUAUUUCAAAUGGCGUUAGCCAUCUGUUCAAGCUGAUAAUAUUGUUCUGUUUAUUUCUCA